UGUUAAAUCUGACGCUAUACUGUGAUCCUUCAGCGUAUUGAAGCCUCUGAACUCUGAAGCUUUCGCUUCAGUGCUGUUUCGUCUAUCGUUGAGAAAGGACGUGUGAAUGAAAUACGAACUUUUGACGCGCGAGAUUACGAUGUUUCAAAAUUGAGAUUAUAUAUUAUAUUUUCAAUAUAAAUUAAUUUUAUUAAAAAACUGUUAAUUAGUGUUGUGUUGUGUAUGUUUUCAAGAUGAUUUUGAGUGGGAUUUUAACGUUUUCAUCUGUAUUUUUCAUCGUCUUCGAAGGUGUCACAAGUUUACGAGACGUCAAACUCCUCGUGGAGCCUUCAAUAGUCAUCAAGGGAGGGACAGCGGCUCUCAUUUGCUCGAGAGAUAUGCAGGGGGCCCCCCUCUACUCCGUCAAGUGGUACCGCGGGAACCACGAGUUCUUCAGAUAUACGCCAAUGGAGCAUCCAGAUACCAUGGUCUUUGGGCUACCUGGUAUUUAUGUUGAUAUGAAUCGUUCGAAUGGGACACAGGUAAUGCUUCGGCACUUGGAACUGGGUCUCUCAGGCAACUUCAGCUGCGAGGUCACCGCUGAUUCGCCUUCCUUCGCCACGCAAAUUACCACGAAGUACAUUGAUGUUAUAGCGCUACCAACCACGCUGCCCGUCCUGGUCACAGACAAGGACCGGUACCAGCCCGGUGCCACGCUGCGUGCCAACUGCACCUCGCCGCCUGCUCGACCUGCUGCCAACCUCACCGUCUUCAUCAAUGAAGAACCGAUAAGAGCAUCAGAAACGAGUCUGCAGCCAUUUGAAAACGGUCUUCUGACAGCCAAAGUCAACGUGGAGGUGAAGGUGACACCAGAACUGUUCCCUGGUGGAAGACUGAGAGUUGCAUGUUACGCCACCGUGUUUGACGUUUACAACCAGUCUGCCAAGCUUGACUUCCUCACCCCUGAAACUGAUCCCAGACCUGAAAGAAUAACCCUCGGAGGCGGCACAUCGAAAUGUGUUCUCAACUGGUUUCUUCUUCUUCUCCUGAUCUUCCUACCAAUGAUGGUGAUGGGAGAUGACUAUGGACUUCUAAGUGAUGACUUCUUAGACAUACCCUUCACAUACUACGAUGAGGAGAGUGAACAGAAAGCCAUCAUCUCUCUAGUUGGAGGGUGAACUUAGAAUAGACUAGACUAUAGUUAGUUAAUACUAAAUACGAAUUUUGUCCGCGAUGAAGUGAAUCCAAUCUGUUGAUAUAAUUAAAUGUACUUAAACAUAAUUCAGGUCGCCUUUAGUACAUCCUGAGAAAGAGUUUGUAAUGACCAAUCACUUUAUUUAGAAAUUACGUGAUGUUAAUGCUGUGAUAACUCUAUCACGUUAUUUCCUAACAAUAUGAUUGGUUUUUUGAUGCACAUUGUUCUUACUUUGUCUUGGUAGACUUUAAGUUUCUGUGGUCAUUUCUAUAAUCGUUUAAAUUUGCAUUGGCACUGUCUUUCAGAUUUUCGUAUUUCAGUGCAACAGCUGCAAGCAUAUAAAUACUCAGAUAGUUUUUUAAUUAUAACGUCCCAAAAACCACAAAUAAAAAACCACAAAGACCACAAAAAAUAUAUAAACUAAAUGAAACUAAACUAAAAUGGCUAUAUUGUGUUAGAGUAGUUAGUUUUAAUUAUGCUAUACAAGUGGGUGCAAAAGGAAUAUCAGCAAAAUCUUGCUUUAGUAGUACUCUUUUGUUAUACUUUGUUAUACCUACUGGGGCGUACAGGAAAAACAAUACAAGCAUGAGUGUGUGGUGUGGUGUACAAGCGAACAAGGGUAGUGACCCGGCUUUGCUCGGAGGUUUUCUAUCUGCCACGCGAUGGACCCGGCAUCCGCAUAAUCAUUAUCAACCCAUACCCGGCUCACUGCUCGAGUUUCCUCUCAGACUGAGAAGGAACCAUAGUCGUAUAGUCCACCACGCUGACCCAAUGAUCCGCAUAAUAAAUCCAUGGAAGGUUAAGAUUUCACCUGGUGAGAUUGGAAGAUUUCGCCUCAACACAGGCACGUUUACAUUAACUCUUAAGAGCGCGCAGCAUGUCGGUACGAUAUGGAUGAAAUUCGAAGCGCAAACGACGCCGAAUUAUGACUUUCACGUGAGUGAAAAGCACGGAGCGAUUGACGCGCGACGCAAAUGUUAUGACGUGAGCGCCAAAACCAUUUUUACCCAAUUGUAAGUAAAUUAAACAAUAUAACGAAAAACAAAAUGGCUAUGUUCAAGAUAUAUACUUAAUUCUUUAUACAAAACAAAAAUUUAAGAAAAUAAGUUUGCUUUUCCUGAGAUUGGAAGCAAAAUGUGAGCGAAACAUUUAUUUUUCAAAAACAUAAACUAUCGAGAAAAGUUUUACAAAUUGUGUAUUUUGUAUAGUCAUAACGAAGCUAACACUUUGAAAUAUCAUUUACCCAAAUAUGAGGCUCCUAACUUUCCAGAAUCUGAGAUCCAGAACCAUUUGUAACCACCAAAUUACAUAUUGCACACUCUAACUGUCAGUAAGAUUAUUGUUGAAAUUAAAUUACGCGACGUUCAGAGCCCGCGCAAAACAAUAUAUAUAUUGUUCUGCUGAUUUUCAGUUCUACGUUUAUGGUGAAUGGUGACGCUAAACGAGCGCAAUUCUGUGAGUUUUCUGUCGCGUAAUUUCGGUUGAGCCGUGAUAACCCUGUGGAUAUGACUUCUGCCUCCGAUUUCGGAGGGUGUUGGUUCGAAUCCGGUCCGGGGCAUGCACCUCCAACUUUUCAUUUGUGUGCAUUUUAAGAAAUUAAAUAUCACGUGUCUCAAUCGGUGAAGGAAAACAUCGUGAGGAAACCUGCAUACCAGAGAAUUAUCUUAAUUCUCUGCGUGUGUGAAGUCUGCCAAUCCGCAUUGGGCCAGCGUGGUGGACUAUUGGCCUAACCCCUCUCAUUCUGAUAGGAGACUCGAGCUCAGCAGCCGAAUAUGGGUUGAUAAUGAUGAUGAAGUUGCAGAAAUUCUCGUGUAAGUCGGAACACAACUCACUUUGCGACGCCGUGUGGCAAGAACUGGACUUUUGUAUGAAACCAAAUGCAGCAGAAAUUACGCUCGUUUGUCCUCACCCUUAGCUAGACUUUUGUAAGUUUAUGGCACUUUAUAGUGAUAUACAGUAUAAGCGGCGUCAAUCGGAGAACUCAAAACGCAUGAUGUGUGUGUGUGCGCAUACCCUAAUUCUCAAUCUCAGAUGGGGCUAGAGGCGAUCAUAUUCUGCACUUAAAUUAUUGUGUAAUGUAAAGUCAGGAUUUUUUUAUACUUCAAAUGCUCUUUUAUAUCGAAUUAUGGUUCUAUGUUUAUUUUCAUUAUGAUGGGUGUAACUAUAUUACCUACUGAUUAAUAAGUGGAAAUUUUUCAAGAUUUCUUAUUUGGACUUUGUCUUUUACACCUGCUGUAUAGAUUAUUAAUUAUUACCAUUACAUACAUUUCACCGUUUCCGGAAAAUAUAUUUGAUUUAGCGAAUGUUGCCAAAGUAAUAAACUUACAUAAAAGCGGGAAAGCUCGAAUGAAAACUAUUUUUAUAGCUUUUGUUAAGCUUAAUCGACAAAAACAUACAAUAAAUACCACAACAAUAAAAGCCAUAAAUUAAAAAAAGAAAUGUUACCGAAAAUAAAUCAUCAUUGUAUUUUCAAUUUCAUAUUGUAAUAUCCAUUACCAUUUUAUUCGCCGUACAGUCUAACCAGAAUCCAAUAUUGUCUCUGCACUUACCGUUUUUAUCUUACUUUUAAACCGGCGAGUGAUGAUGAAUUUACGCGCACGUACCGGAAGAUUUUGAACGAGAAUAAAAUGGUAACUGGUAUUUUAUCAUAAUCAAGUCUUAUAUUUUGAGUACCGGAAGACAAUUGUAUCCGAAUGGCCCUCUAAGCUUCCGAAUGGCCCUCUAAGCCGAGGUCCGAGUCUCAUAGGAGAGUCGUUCCGUCCUCUAUCUUUAUUUCAGCCUUCGGGUCUCAUCAGGCGAUGCUUCUGCGCUCGCCCAAACCCCCCGGUGACGCCGUAGUGGUCCCACAUGGAGCCAUCGGCACUUACUCAACACGAAAAAAAAAACCAUUAUGGUAAUAUUGUAUUACCAUUUUAUUCUCAUACCUUUAUGCCAGUGACUAUAUCUUGGAAUACUAUUGCAAUAUUUUGUAACUUCGUUAACUGCAUGAAAUGUACGAAAAGAAAUUGAGCAUAUGUAUUAAUACUUAUAGAUCACAAAAUUAAAAUAAUACUAAUACAUGUAAUGGCAGUUACCAUUUUAUUCUCCGAGAAUUGCGAUUUGUGACUAAUUAAUGUUGAAAUAUUUAAGUUUUCUUAUAUUUUACUUGGUGUUCUAUGGUCUGUUUUCUAUUGAAUGUAUACCAGCGUAUACAUUUUACUGAUUUUCCAUACCAGGUAUUGAAUAUUUUGUUCCCAUCAUCAGCCAAAGGUUAACACACUGACUCUCGUUAUAAUUAUACUCGUAUAUGUAAAUUGAAACAUCACAGGUGAUUUUAUUACGAAGAGUAGAUGUCAUGAUAACUUUUUGUUUCCUCCUAAAUAAGAUCUAUUAAGUUUUGAUGAAAGAAAUAUUCAAUAUGUAAGAAAGACAGUAAAGUUUGUAACGGUCAUGCACAUAUUUCAACUUUAUGUUUUAGUCUUUGGGCCCAGGAACAAGAUAUUAUAUUCAUGACCGUGCUGCUCAAAAUUUUAUAUUGUGUAUUUGAUAUUCAUGGCGUCUCGGACAAAAUAAUUUACGUUGUGACUUAUCACGGUGGUGGGGUGUUUCCUUAGAAGCAUUUUCCAGACAUUGGUGCGUGGAUAAAUACUCCCCCUGAAAAUAGUCCAACAAAGUCAAAAAAAAUUUAAUUGUCCUUGGUCCACUUAUUUUAAAUAUCUUUCUUUAUUAUUUUGCAAAAUUCCGUUUGAGUUUUUAGUAUUUAUGAUUUUAUAAAUGAACCAACAACCAUGAUUAUGUAGUUACUGUGCUCAAAGACUAUUUAGUCUCAACGAUAACUAUGUUUUACUCGAUCGUCAAUUUUAACGCCAUCUAUCUUUAGGUUAGGUAACUACUAAGUAAGUUAAAUCGGCGACUCCUAGUAAAGCAACAGUGCCGCCACAAUCAUUAUGGAACUUAUAAUUUUAUUUGUCUGACUGUUGUUCGCGACUUCGGCAGCGCGGAAUUCUAUUCAUUGUCUAAGAGCAUACGGUAACCAGACUUAUUUCAUUUUAUGAAGAAAAUUUUUGUGCCUCAUUAGCUCUACGCAAAAAGCGGUCGGACAUCACCGCGGGGUAAUGAUUUUCCACCCCGUUGGUCUAUUGUCGUAUUCAUUCCUAAUACAGUCUUUCGCGAUUAGUUGGAGGGGAAUGGUAUGGGAAUGAAAUAUUGAUCAUUAUUAAAAGAAAUGACAAAUAUUUUAGAAGAAAUUACUCUAGAUCUGACGUCCUCCGUGGCGCAGUUGUAUGCUGAGGUCCUAGGUCAGGUUAAAAAAAUCUUUAUUAACUUCUACUGGUACCUCACAAAGCUACCAUGGUACAAACUCCAUAGUUGUGUAGCAUAGGCACCUAUAGUAUGAACAUGGGCUUUCAGACUUUUUAGAAUUUGUAUAGAAUCCUCAAUAGCCACAGCUCGGCGGUCAAAGGGCCGGUGAAUUGGUGAGGAAUGGGAGUAUUGGUCAUAUUUAAAAAGAUGGCAAUAAUUAUUUAAAAAAGCUAACAAAGUUUGACAUGAUGCUCUAGUAAAACCAUUGUAGCUUUUAGAUAUUAAGUUAAAAAUACGAUCAGAAUUCCACACAGGCGAAGCCGAGGGCAAACGUUAGUUACCUAAUACGACUGCUAAACUAAAAUAUUUUUUAAUUAAUUAUAAAGUACACAGGUAAAUUUUAUUUUGUAUUAAAAGUAUUAAUAACUAUUCUGUAACAAUGGUGAUCGAUUUAUGUAUGUUUUGAAAACAAUACCUUUGCCAUUCGUUAAAAUAGUAGCUUAUGCCAGCGUUUCCCAUCAGGUGAGUCGCGACACGGCAACGGGUCGUCAAAAAAAAUAAAUACCGGGAUGCAGCUUUAUGGAGGCAAUGCUGCGACUUUAAAUAAGUACUAGGAGAGGGUCGAUUUUAUUUCUUGACUAACGAGACAAUAAUGAUCGCUCGAUGGGCGUAUUGUAGGUAUUAUGGGUCCAUGAACUCAAGUGGGUCACGAUGGAGGAGUAUGAAAGGAGAUGGUCCAUUUCAGGUCCACUCUUGUACCCCGUAUCAUUAAAAUUUACAAAAUACAAGGAUUUUAUUAAAAAUUAUUAAAGUGAAUAAAUCUAACUAAAUAAAAAGAAAUAAACAAAAUAAAAACACAAGUUUUUGAGUUAUAUCAAGAUGGCGCCUAUAGAGUAAAUAUGACAUGACAAUUGACAGCAAACGUCAAAUCGAUUACUGCAUUGAAAAUGUCAUCUAUCCGCCAUUAAUAAUACCCUUAAUAAUGUUGCAUUUCUUGAGAGGUAAUGAAUAUUAUUUCGAAAGAAUUAAAGUAAAAUCGUAGAUUUGUAUAAUCAAAAAAUAUCUUCUUUUAUUUCCGCUAGGGUACAAUGACUGAUCCUGGGCUCCAUACUAUUUUGGACCAUCUCCUUUACCGAAUCGCAGAAGAAUAAAGCUUGGGAAACGCUUAUGCCACUUUAACUUGCCGCAUCACGAGACGAGGUUCUAACCUGGGCAGAUCUAUUUUGAAUUCGACGCGUAUCUUUGUUCCAGAUCUGUAAUGUUUGUUACCUCUUAUCUUCAUUUAUUAACUACAUAUGAUUUUUUUUUUGGGUGAAAGAGUAUAUUUCCAGAUACUUGUAGGUCCCAUUUAAUUUUUGUGUUAAUCAAAACAAUUGAAAUACGUUUUUUUAACUUGGUUUCAUUUUUCGUUGUAAAGAUUAUUAAAUACCGAUAUUUAAUACAAGCGUUUAGUAAUACAAGACGUGUAGUAUACACGUUUAUCUGAACGGUUUAUACUUGUACUUCUAAACGUUCAGUGCUUAACUAUAGCAGCGCGUUAUCAACUGCGUCAUGAGGCAUAAACUUUAAUAAUUAUAACGUAGGGGAAUGAUUGAAGGCUCGACGAAUUAAGCUACUGUUACACAUGCUCAUUUCAAGCACGAAAGCAUGCUACUAUUGAGCAGUUGCUACUUAUUAGCAUUGCUAAUAAUGAGCAUGCCUAUUUCGAGCUUGCUCUAGAAUCAACAGUCGUGCGAUUUAUGAGCAUGCUACUUGCUGCGCGGGUGGAAGGGGGCGUGCUUUUAGCGCGUCUGAACAAGUUUGCUUAUUGAGUAUGCUAGUCGAUCAGCACUGGUAUUCGGCAUUCUCUUCACCUUCAGCUCUCCCUGUCUAAUACACGAUACUAUAGACAGAUAGCGAUAGAUACAAAUUAGCAUGUGUAAUUGGAAUGUUUGCUUUGAGCAUGCUUAUUCCGGAGUAUACUUAAAAAUAGCAUGCUAAUUGCUGGCAAAUGUAAACUGAUGAUAAGCAUGCUCGUAUGGAGCAUACUUAAUAGCACGUUUUUAGCGCGCUAUUUUAGAGCAUGUGUGGUGACGCGACACGCGUGGUAUCUAUCUCGAUCUUUAAAAAUUGAUGGCCUACGCAUAGCUCGUAUAUUUCCGUACGAGUACGCUCGUAUAUUCGCCAUUCGCCAGAAUCUGGUGUCCUGGUCAUCUGGUUCUUCGAACUAUGUUCCCCGCCCAUUGCCACUUUACUUCAGCUCUGCUACUGUUGAGCAAAGUUGGUAACUUUGAUUCUUCUGCGGAUCUCCUCAUUUCUGAUUCGAUUUUUAGAGUCUCAAUAGUUCAACGAGUGGUCGGAGGGGUGAUGGUUCGAUCCCCGACCUGUUGGUCUAUUGUUGUAUCCACUCUUAAUACAGUCUUUCCCGAAUAGUUGGAGAGGAAUGGAAAUAUUGGUCAUAAAAAAAAUAUGGCAAAUAUUAUUUUAUAAAAAAAAAAUACUCCGAGCAUGGCUUGCUCCAUUGCUCCAUCGCUCCAUUGACUCUGAGUCUACUUAGUAGAUCCUUACACAGCACUAAGACAUUAAAAAAACAUACAGUAGGGUAAAAGUCAAGCAACAAACCAUGGCAUGUCCAAUUUUUCCAAAAAUUAUUAUUAAUGUAUAAUACUAUUCGAUUCCGAUAGAAUUCUUGUUAAAUAAACCCACUCUGUAUGCAAUCUAUACUUGUUAGAAUAUUAAUUUUGUAUCUUUUAUAAUUAAUUCAAGAAAUUAUGUUAAUUUUAAAAUGUUUCAAAUAUUUUAAGCUAAUAAUAAGCAGAAAGUUACUGUAAGCAAAGAUGUAAAUAUUUAAUGUUAUUACACCAAAAUUCGAUACGGUA